UGUUCCUAUCCGCCAUGUCUGUCGCCAUCUUCUGGUGAAUAUUUACUAUAUUACACAAUUUUCAGAGAUUUAUGGCCCGAGAAAUCACAUAGAAUAUUUAUCCCAAUUCUAAGGCAAGUUUAGGUCAUGGAUUGAUUAUGACGCACCCCAGUUUUGUUACAAACGGGGCGAGUCUCGAGGACUGUCAUACCAAUGUCUUUGCACUGGCCGAUCUGUGUGGAAUAAAGUGGCGCCGCCUAUGUGCCGACAGCAUCUUAUGUGUGGAUCCGCUGGAUGAUCCUGUACUCUCCUCCUACAGCAAAUGUCUUGCCGCCGGUAUCCUUUGUGUUUGGCGUCGUGUAGCCUCUCGGGUCGGUCCCGACCCCCCAUCGCCAGCGGACACCAAUCAGUUGAGUUACAACAAGGAACUAUGGGUAUUUUGGUACGGUGAAGAACCUGAUUUGUCGGGGUUGGUUUUAGGACUAACAGAAGGGGACCAAGGAUCUUUAGAAAACGGUCUUUCCUAUGAAAGUCGGACACUUCUGUUUAAAGCUUUUCACAACUUGAUUGAAAGAUGUCUUCUGUCUCGUGGAUUUACCAGAUUAGGGAAAUGGUUUGUACAGCCUUUGGAACCAGGAGAACGAAGCAUCCAGUUCUCUUUUUCCUUUAAUUUCUUUAUUCAUGGGGAAAGUACAGUCUGUACGGCCGUGGAUGUCCGACAGCACUCGGCCGUUCAUCGACUUACAAGACAACAUCUCCUUCACGCCCAGAGCUCCCACUCUGGUUUGCCAGUUAUUUUGAGCCCAUAUGGUAUGGCCGGAACUUUGACUGGACAGAGUUACAAAGAAACCGAUUCUGGAUCUCGGAGACUGCUUGGAGAAUGGAGACAAUUUUACCCGCUAACCAAUAAGGAUCAGAGCAGCAAGGACCGUAGUAACGAUGAUGAUGCCCUGCCGUGUGCUGUGGAAGUGACUGUUGGUGGCGUUAAGAUGAAGUACCCUACUUCCCAUGUCUUAACCACUGAUACAGAAGAAGCCAUGUUGUCGAGACUUUCAGCUUCUGUAAGUCAUGGCUCAGCAAGUACUGCUUCCAGCUUUCACUCUGCUGCACAGCCGUCCGUAAAGUCUGGUUUCCAUGGUGGUGUUCUGACUCCUCCAACGUCCCCUCGUGAGCCUUCAGCUUGGAUAGGAAACCGAUCUGCCACGAAACAUACUUCGUUAAAUCCAACAGUAUCCCAGCCACAAUUUUCUGUCUCUGUCAGUCCUCAGCUCUCUACCACAUACAAUUUGCGAGCAGGGGUUUGGCAAGACAGUACAACUUUCCAUCCUGUGAGGCCCGUGGCACCUCCAGCAGAAAGCUCUGGGGUGGAAGACAUGGUUGGUCAUUGGAACUUCUCUGACCCCUGUGAGAGGUUGGACUGUUCCUGCUAUAGGUGUAAGAAUAAAGGAAGGAGUGGAGUUUGUACCAAGUCGGGACUGGGAAGUAGCAGUUCAGUAAAUCCUUUAAAUCAAGGUUUCACAACUACUGAUGGAGAGAGUGCUGGGAAAACAACUUUGACUUGCCCUUCUACUGCCAGUGCUUCCCGAAAAGGAGAGAAAUACGAUAAAGAAAGAACUCAGUCACGUUCUACGAGAGGAACAGUCCCUUUUCAUCGGCGCAGUCAACUCCUGGAAGGACUUUCUACCGGGGAUUUAGACAAUUGUUUAAUAUCUCGAUUUGUAGGAACUCCAUCAGGUGGUUUUGGAACCAUGACAGUUGUUUCCAGUUCAAAUAGUAUGUUUACUUACAGAUCUGGGGGUCUGGCACCAUCCACUCCUGGAACUUUACCUCACACCACAUUUACUCAGCCCUCAUCUGUAGAUUCUGCUCACCCUGGAACCCCCACGCCAAGUCUGCUCGAAGGCCCGAGUUCUCAGGACCCAACAAUGCCAACCCUUUCUCCUCACCCUCCACAUAUAAAGGAAGAAUUAGAAUCUCAGGACCAAGUAGCUCAUAUUCAUAGCCCCGCAGUUACAAACCCCAUUGCCAAUACUUGUAGCGGGAGGGAGAAACCUCAAACUGAUCAAGUCACAUCACCAUUUCAUACUUCCCAAAGCCAAGGAGACACCAACAAGCCUUCUGAGGGUUCACCACCUACAGCAGCGGUUAAUCACUGGUCAGCUGUUGACGAGUCGGCUUUGGGCUCUCAGCCCAAACUUUCUGCCCAAGGAUUAAAAAGGCCAGUGUUACAAAAUAAGACAGAAGAACUUAUUGAGCAAGAGGACGUGUUUCCAACCAAACUCUUGUACGACUUUCAUAGCAUACACUCAAUUACAUGGGACCUUCCACGUCACAAAAGGAGAAGAAGAAUAGGGCCUGAUUCCUGCAACAAGCAAGCAAACCUCAACGAUCCACUUAGUCCGUACCCAUUUUGGGGAUCAGAUCCAAAGCAGCUUGAAGAACGCGAGCCUUUGCUUGCCAAACCAAAGGAUCCGUACGAGUUUAAUGAUGAGUUUGAAGAAUACAAAGUAAACCCUGCUACCAGUGGGUCAACAUUCAGAAAUAAAAUGGAUAUUGUAUGUAAGGAGGAUGAAAAGCCAAAAGAAACCGUGGUACAAGCAGCAGCACCUGAAACCACCAUCCCUGAACAAUCUCAAAGUAAUUCAGUGAGUGAAUUGUCAUCUGUAACAUCGCCACCAACGCCACGCCCUCCAGGAUCAAGUUUCACGAAGGUGGAGCACCUCCAAGUAACCGAACGAGACUUGGAGAACAUUUUUGAUAGCUGUUCAUCGGACGAAAGCAACGAUGAUAUGGCCCAGAGUCUUAACUCAGCCAAGGUGCCAUAUAGUGAUGAUCAAGAGUCCAGAAAGUCCAGUAAAAACAGCAUGUCUAACACAGGAGGAAUUCUUGGGGCUGCAGAAUUAGCAAGGAUGUUUCCUACUCCUCCGUCCCAAGAGCAUCUAGCUACUCCAUCUCCUUCUGGACCUGUUGGAGGUGGUGACAUCACCACUAUGGAUGGUGCAGAUUCAUUAUAUUUAAAGGAUCGUACAGAUAUCUAUCCGAACUACGGCAUGGAACCUAUUGGAGAUUGGUCAUACGUGUACAAACCUCCCACUCUGUAUAGGUUUGUCAGCUCAUCAAGGUAUGCUCCUUUAAAUAACCUUCCCAGUUUAUCACAGCCAAAUGUUACCUUGUCAUCAGACUGCACAUACAAACCUGGCUGGCCUCAUUCUCCAUGUUAUUUAUCAAUGGUGGUGUCCUCCCCAGUGGACCAACCAUCGUCAAGGUAUCACAGUUCAACGUUGCCUCCCUCUGAAGGUGAGCGGUUAUUUCUUGAGACUGACCAGCGGUCAGUGCCUAUGAGUUAUGAGCUGCAGUCACCUGCAUCAAAUGCAUCUUCAUACCUGAACAAACAUUUGAAUUCCAUCGACAACAGCACAGUAUCCUCUGUCCCAGAAGCUCAUAGUUUAUUAGUGAACCUUGUCCUCUCAGAUUCUAUGUUUAACCUUUUCAAGGACCACAACUUCUCUAGCUGUACAUUGUGUGUAUGUAACAUGAACAUUAAAGGUGCCGAUACAGGGAUCUACCUGUUAGACUCGAUGUUGCCUUUUUCUACCGAUGAACCUCAGUACAAAUGUACGUGUGGUUUUAGUGCGGUUGUUAACAGACAUCUCAGUUAUCAUUCGGGUUUGUUUUAUGAAGAUGAAGUUGAAGUGACAGGAUUUCCGUACGAGCCUAAUCAUCAUCGUAGGAGCACGAGAACUGUAUCAGAGGCUUCGGUAAAAAGAGAAGGAAAUCAAAUAAAUGGAGCAAUGCCUUUAACCUCAACAUUGGACACAAAAGAGCUAGCAGCUCUGAAUCGAGUACCCCACCAUGUCCUGGACAUGAUCCGAAAUCAGUGUCAAACAGUUCAGUCCGCCUACUCGUGGUUGAGCAAAGCAGUCCGACUGAGGAGUGCUAGUAGUCAUAUAGCACUGUGGAAUCACUUAGAAUUGAUGGAUGAGUGUUACAUUUGUUUCUUGGCCCUAGACAGUAGCCGCCAGCUGAUGGACAACAUCAACAAUAAUAAACUGGACGAAAGGUUGAAGUCAUCCUGCCUUCACAAAUGGCCAUUUUUGUCUCGAAAACUACCAGCCAGCGACCAGGAUGUCCUACGUCUUCUGAGAAUGAUCCAGCCUUUGUUGCAGGAAGCAGUGCAGAAAAAGAUCAUGCAUGGAUUAUUUGAAGUAGCCUACACUGUGUCUGGGCCGUUAACAUGGAGGCAGUUUCAUAGGCUAGCAGGCAGAGGUACUGAAGAUCAGUGUGAACCACAACCAAUACCUUCACUACUAGUAGGUUCUGAUAAGGACUGCUUAGCUCUUUCUCCUUAUACGCUUAAAUUUUGGGACAAGUUACUUCUUGAACCUUACUCACUGCCAAGAGAUGUGGCGUAUGUUGUGGUAGCUCCCGAGAAUGACUUCAUCUUAACUCGUGUAAGGAAUUUCUUCCGGGAGUUGAGUAGCACUUAUGAACUGUGUAAGCUAGGACGUCACGGCCCCAUCACCAAAGUUCUUAGAGAUGGAAUAAUGCGAGUGGGGAAGUCGGCUGCUAAGAAACUCGCCGAUGAACCUGUAGAUGAGUGGUUUGACAUGAUUGGCGACGGUCAUGUUGCCAGUAAACUGAAGUUAUAUGCCCAGGCUUGCCGUCAUCAUUUGGCUCCGUUCUUAGCCGCCCAAUCACUAGACAGCAGUCUGCUUGUGAAUCCAGUUCAUACUCAACCACCUAGCUGUAAACCAUCUGUUCUUGGAGCUUCACCAUUACCACCAGGCACACCAGAGAGUCAUGAGAAAGAGCAAGCCUCAACAUCCAAACAACAAGAAAAUGAUAGCCAACAGGACAGUUGCACUGGUAGUUCGGGAAUCUCUGGUCUCAGCUUGCAAGAUCCUUUGGAAAGAGAAGAAGAACAACAUCCUCCUGCACUCGUCAUCUACAUAGUAGAACCUUUUACAUAUGGCAGCGUAGAUAGUGAAAUGUAUAGACUAGCCACCCUGGGCCUUUUUAGGUGUUACACUCACAUGCUGAAGUUUGUCCCAGAGCAUAUACAAAACAACAUUCUUCUUCAGAUGGUUAGGUUAGACUCUGUUCUUGGUUUCGGCAAGUCUGAAGUCGGAAGUCAUCAGCAGGACGAACUGAAAGCCCUGGCCUUCUCGGUCUUUUCACAGUGUCCCCGUCUUCUUGUCCACCAACCGGGUAUAAAGUCUCUUACGGGAUUUGGUCCUGCCGCCAGCAAGGAGUUGUUUGUUAAAACAAAAGAUGAGAGAAACUCUGGACCUUAUAGACUGCACAGUCCACCUUUCAUACUGGCACCUUUGAAGGACAAGCAGACAGAGCUUGGUGAAAUGUUUGGUGAUCGCCAGGAGAAGUCCAAUAUCCUGUACUGCACUUACUGUCUAGUGGAAGACCAACGAUGGCUGGUAGCAUCCUGUACUAAUGGCAAAGGAGAGGUCCUUGAGACGUGCUGUAUUAACGUUGAAAUACCCAACAGAACAAGAAGAAAGAAGGCAGCUUCCCGAUGGAUGGGCCUUUACAAACUACUGAACUUCCUACUUGGUGUGAUGUCCUCUACAGUACAGCCCUGGCGGCUGGUGGUUGGACGAUUAGGUCGCCUUGGACACGGUGAGCUCAAGGAUUGGGCGUCCCUCCUCAGCCGCCGAUCUUUGCUGCAGUACAGUCGGCACCUGUGGGAACUGUGUCGUCAGUGUGCUGUCCUAGGACCUGCUGAUACUCCUUGUAUCCUCUCGGCAUGUCUAGUCUCUUUAGAACCAGAUUCGUCACUCCGCAUUAUGCCUGGAGAGUUCACUCCAGAUGACCACUUCAGUAGUAGCUGCCAUUCAUGCGAUCUUAGUACACCAGAGGACGCCAGAUGUACCCACAUCUUGGUCUUCCCAACCUCGGCUACAGCCCAGUCUACACAAGCAGCGUUUCAUCAAGAGCACAUCGAGCCAUUGGGAACAUCUUUUGGCGAUGAUGACAUCUUCCAAGCACUAAAUGAUGAUGAUAUCAAUGUAGGUCCAGAUAUUAAUGACCUGUUCAGGUGGACAGAGAGUCCAACACAAAGUCCAGUUGGUUCUCCCCGUCGAGAUUCUGCUUCCCAACUCGGGAGUCCAGGGGGUGUAGGUGGCAGAAAUUCUCCCUUUCCCCACAGUGGGCCUACAAGGGGUUCUGGUAGCUUGGGAACUGAUGCACCAGAGGAACCUCUUCAGCUGCUUCAACAACCAUUAGCUUUGGGGUAUUACGUCUCCACUGCCCAGACUGGACCUUUACCAAACUGGUUCUGGUCACCCUGUCCUCAUCUCAAGGAUUCCUGCCCCGUCUUCCUUAAGUCGGCUCUUUUAAUCCACUCUCCAGCAGUACAGCAGAGUUCAGAGGAUCUACUCCACUCCAAUCCUCAUAUUCAAAAUUGUCAUCCACUCGACUCGAACCUUACCACUGAUGUUCUCAGGUAUGUUCUUGAGGGCUACAAUGCCUUGUCAUGGUUGUCUUUGGACCCAGUCACUCAUGAUCGUCGUUCUUGCCUGCCAGUCCACAUCCAGGUCCUGAUGCAACUCUAUCAUGUGAUGGAAGCUAUUGUGUGAAGAGCUGUUAACCACUUUCAGGUCCUCUUAUUGUCUUCUUCGGCCCAAUUAGUUGAUGGCACAGAACAGGCAACGAGAACAAAAACCACAUAUCAGGGAAGUCCUCCAGUCAUGCACUGCCACUCUAAGGUCUAUGAUAAGGUCACAGUUACGUACCGGGCAGAGCAAUCUUCAUCCAUUAAACCAAGAUGCCAGUCCAGUCUGAGUUAAUGAUUGGUGGUGUAAUUGGAUCUGAAGACCAGUAGACAAGGUCUUUGUUAAUUGUAAUGUAGAAACGGUUGUUUUAUUGUUUGUGAAGCGUAUCAUGCCACAUUAAAUAAACUGAACAUGUAUCAUGUACGGGGAUGAAGAUUUCCCAGCAGAAGAAUGUGGUACUAUUUAUUUUGUAUAUAUCAGCACCCAUCACCCGAAUUCUACUGGGAUCCACAGAAAUAUAUUUACUUAGGAUAUUGUCAAAAGAAGAUACCUGACUUUACUCCAUCGGUGACUAGAAAAUAAUUUAAUAUCCAUUGAAUUGGCCAGAGUUAUGAAGAGUUUACAAAUCUUCAUCAUUUGUACAGUUUAUGUAUAGGAAUGUAGGCUAUACGAGUCUUGCUAAACAAUCAUGGUUAUUGUUACAAAUUGUGUGUGUAUGUAUGUACUACAAAAGUUAAUUGUGGUGUACAAUUUUCAUACAGGCAUUUAUUAAAAGAAGAAAAAAAAUAUCGGUUCAAUAGCAAUCUCAGUUUUUUGAUCGUAUGUUCAUUUUGAGAAGUUAAGUCAGAAAAAAAAUAAUUUUAAAAAUCACUGCCUCUUUUAUUUCCUGUGAAUUUUUUUCUUCUUCUUCUACAUAGAAAACAUCUCCCAUUUUCUAUGGUAUUGAUUUUUUUAAAAUUUGUAAAUAACUCAAGAAAUAGCCACCAGGGUUUAGUAACAAAGUGUAUGUAAUUUUGCUAAUUUGUCCAAGCCUUGCCAAGCAACUCUGCAAUACUUAAAAGUUGACCGAGGCUUGGUGUGGGAACUUUUUAUUUAUUUUGGUAGCUGUUUCUAGCCUACCAUGCUCAAAAAUAAACAUCUCUACCUGA